CCUGUGCUCUUACUGCCAGUCAUUGGUACAGCAUUGGAGCACACAUCCAUCAACAUGGGAAAGAUCAUCUUCUACGAGGACAAGAACUUCCAGGGUCGCUCCCACGAGAGUCACUCUGAAUGUCCCGACCUGUCCUCAUACUUCAGACGCUGCAACUCCAUCCGUGUGGAUAGUGGGAACUGGAUCCUAUAUGAGCUCCCCAACUACAAAGGACACCAGUACUUCCUCCAAAGAGGAGAGUAUCCUGACUUCCAGCCAUGGAUGGGCUACAAGGACUCCAUUAGAUCUGUGCGUCUGAGCCCCCAGCACCAUGGUUCCUACAUAAUCAGGGUCUAUGAGAGAGAAGACUUUAAAGGUCAGAUGAUGGAAUUCACCGAAGAUUGUCCUAAUGUCUACGAGAGAUUACGCCAACAUGAUAUCCACUCUGUCCAUGUCCAUGAUGGAUUUUGGAUGUUCUAUGAGGAGCCCAACUACAAGGGACGUCAGCAUUACCUGAGACCUGGAGAGUACAAGAGAUACACCGACUGGGGAGCCACAAGCCCCAGAACUGGGUCCUUCAGACGUCUCCAUCAUUUCUACGAAAAAUGACAGAAUCUUAACUUAUUUUCUUCAAAAUAAACUUAAUUAAAAA